AUGAAGCCGCUGGAGAAAUUCCUGAAGAAGCAGGGCUCGCACCUGGCGGGCCGGGCCGGGCCCGGCCCUGGGGGGCUGCAGCGCCGCCAGAGCGUCUCCCGCCUGCUGCUGCCCGGCUUCCUCCGGGAGCCCGCCGAGGAGCCCGAGCGGGGCAUGGAGCCGGCCCAGCCCGGCGGCGACGGGCGCUGGCUGGAGCUGCGGCCCCCGGACGCCGCGCUCCGGUCCCCCUCGUCCUUCUCCUCCGAGGAGCUGUCCCCCGGCGGCGGGGAGCCGCCGCUGAGCCCCGACCCCGCCGCCACCUGCUGCUGGCCCCCGGGGCCGCCCGACAGCCCCGAGCGCCUGCUGGAGGCGCUGCUGGACCGGCUCGGGGGGGGGGCGACCUCGCACGGCCAGGGCUGCGACGUGCUAUUGGACGACGUCAUCCUCACUCACUCGCUCUUCCUGCCGACCAAGCACCUGCUGCAGCAGCUGCACCAGCGAUAUCCUUCGGGGAAGGCCCCGGGGGCCCCUCCAGGAGGUUGGGGGCAGAAGCGGGCCGUGCUGACCGUGCUGCUGCACUUCCUGGAGACCUACAAGGGCAUCCUGCAGGAGGAGGAGAGCGCUGGGAAAGUCAUCAAGGAUCUCUACCUGCUGAUCAUGAAAGACGCCUCCCUCUACCCGGAGCUGGAAGACGAGAUCCUGAGACUGCACCAGCUGGUGGAGACGGUGGAGCUCAAGGUGCCCGAGGAGACCCCACCACCCAGCAAGCAGGUCAAGCCACUUUUCCGGCACUUCCGGCGCAUCGACUCCUGCCUCCAGACCCGGGUGGCCUUCCGGGGCUCGGAUGAGAUCUUCUGCCGCGUGUACAUGCCCGACCACUCCUACGUCACCAUCCGCAGCCGCCUCUCGGCCUCGGUGCAGGACAUCCUGGCCGCGGUGACGGAGAAGCUGCAAUACUCGGAGGAGCAGAGCGCCCGCGAGGAAGCCCUCGCCCUAGUGGCAGUGGCGUCGUCUGGAGAGAAGGCCGUGCUGCAGCCCAGCGAGGAGUGCGUCUUCACCACGCUGGGCAUCAACAGCCACCUCUUCGCCUGCGCGAAGGACGCCAUUGAGUCGCUGGUCCCGCUCCCCGAGGAGAUCCAGGUCUCGCCGGGCGACACCGAGAUCCACCGCGUGGAGGCUGAGGAAAUAGCCAAUCACAUGACGGCCUUUCACUGGGAACUCUUCCGCUGCAUCCACGAGCUGGAGUUUGUGGACUACGUUUUCCACGGGGAGCGGGGCCGGCGGGAGACGGCCAACCUGGAGCUGCUGCUGCAGCGCUGCAGUGAGGUGCAGCACUGGGUGGCCACAGAGAUGCUGCUGUGCGAGUCGCUGGGGAAGCGCGCCCACCUGCUCAAGAAGUUCAUCAAGAUCGCAGCCAUCUGCAAGCAGAACCAGGACAUGCUGUCCUUCUAUGCCGUGGUGAUGGGGCUGGACAACGCGGCCGUCAGCCGGUUACGGCUCACCUGGGAGAAGCUUCCGGGCAAGUUUAAGAACCUGUUCCGGAAGUUUGAGACUCUGACGGACCCCUGCCGGAAUCACAAAACCUACCGGGAAGUCCUCUCCAAGAUGAACCCGCCCCUCAUCCCCUUCGUGCCCCUCAUCCUGAAAGACCUGACGUUUGUGCACGAGGGCAGCAAGACGCUCCUGGAUGGGCUGGUGAACGUGGAGAAGCUGCACUCAAUCGCCGAAAAAGUGAGGACAAUCCGGAAGUACCGCAGCCGGCCCCUGUGCCUGGAUUUGGAGGCGUCGCCCAGCCAGCUGCAGACCAAGGCCUACGUGCGCCAGUUCCAGGUGAUCGACAAUCAGAACCUGCUCUUCGAGCUCUCCUACAAGCUGGAGGCGAGCAGCCAGUGA